AUAAUCCCAGGAGCAACGGACUACUUAGACCUCAGUGAGCGUCCAUUCCUGUCGUCUGGCAAUGGGGAACAUUGGGGUUGGCAAGGUGGGGAUUACUGCCUCCAGAAAGAUUCCAAUGGUGGCGUAUCUCAAUGUUUAUGGAACGAAGUGACUCUGAAUGGCGAAGAUCUUUCCUACAUGCUUGAUGAAACAACACCUGUUAAGGCUUGCGGGGAUUUGGCGUACCAUGUUAAUCAUAAUGAUAACGUGAACAAGGAACCAGAAGAACAGAGGGAGACUUGUUUGCAAUUAAAAAGGCGUCGGCUACAGUUUGACACUCAAUUAGAAGAUUCCCCCUUUUGUGAUGAAGAAAUAACUUCUGUGUUUUUAAAAUCAAAUGGGACAGAAGAGUCACUUGAAGAAGUUUUCCCUCAAGCAUCACAGUGGGAUUCUGGAUAUCAAGAUUUGUCUGCCUCCAGUUACAAUGGCCUGGAUCAGUCAUCUGAGGGUUGGAUUGCAGACUGUUUUAAUGACUCAGAGAUGCAUUCUAGUCCCAAUUACAUGAAUUUCCCUGGAGCAUCUGAUAUUCAAAUUGAUAUUUCAGAUUUCUGCAAUGACCCACCUGAGUUCGAAGCUAAUGUGGUUCAGAAACGUGUUACUCGGACCCCUCGAAAUGUUAUUUUUAAAGGUACCAAGUCCUUCAUCCAGACACCCACUAAGUUAGCUACUUCUGUUGCCUAUCCAUUUGCUUUCAUCAAACCCUGUGGAGUUCACGGAGAUGUUACGCUGAAUGAAAUAAACCAACGGAUUCGCACUCCACCAUCAAAAUCAAAGCAAAAGAAUGAAGAUCCCAUUUCUUACCCUAUGUCCGCUUUUUCUGGGAAGCCUGUUGUUGGCAAAACUAAAAUUCGCACAGAGGGAGGGAAAGGAAGUAUUACAAUUAUGAGAACUAAAGGCUGA